CUUCGCAUGCUUCUUUGGAUUUUUUAAAUUAAUUUUAGACUUUUAGAUAAGAACUUAAAUAUCUCAAAGAUAUCAAAGCUAAAAACUGUCGACAUCACUAUAGUUAUUUACAAAUGAAAUGAAACAUAGCUAAGAGAAUAUACCAACACCUAAAAAUAUAAAUUACCGCAGUAACUAGCAACUCCGCCCAUGAGAAUGCAGCAGAGAGCAGUGUUGGAGCAGAAUAUUUUAUUUAAAAAGCCAAGGCACACAAUGACAUCCUGCAGUUGCACGACACCCGUCGCAUGAAAAACAAGUCAAGUUCGAACAAAAACACGAAAAGAAAAUUAAACCUGAGAAAAUUUUAAAUGGGUUUAGAAAACCCCCAACAACAAAGUCAUACCAAAAAUAAUAUAAAACGGAAAUUACCACAAUUUAAUGCUAACAACAAUAGUCGGCAAGUGCAAGUGUAAAAAAUCUGAAGAAGGAAAACCGGCAACUGGUGGUUGCAAUAGCAAAUUCUGAUUUCGUAAAAAAGGGUUGAAUUUUUUGCUAUUUACUUGUGUGCGAACUUUUUGUGCAUGUUAGCUGCAUUGGAAGAAUACUUUGAUAGCACGCAAACCAUUGAACAAAAAUCCAGGAUAUGUCCGUUUAUGCAUGGGGCGCCAAUUCGCAUGGCCAACUUGGCCUUGGUCAUGAAUCGGAAAUGUGCACGACACCGCAGCGAUUAAGGAAAUGCUCAUUCACACCGUUAAGUGUACGCUCGAUUAGGGGUGGCGGAGGCCAUGUUUUGGUUUUGGAUGCAUGUGGGCAAGUCCAUGCAUGCGGCUGGAAUAAUCGUGGUCAACUGGGCCUAGAUUCAAUAAGGGAAUGUGUCAACGAAUUCAAAGUGAUACCGGGAAAGUUUUUCGAGGAUGUUCCCGUGGAUAUUAUUGCCUGCGGCUGGGACAUAUCUGGUUGUAUAACAAUGUCUCGUAAGUUAUACGUUUGGGGUUCAAAUGCCUUUCAACAAUUGGGCAUUUGUCAACGCGGUUUCACCUCAAUUCGUAAACCUUUUCAUAUGCAAUUACCUCGCAAUGAUACUCCCGUGCGCAUUAGCUUUGGUAUGCGCCACACUGCAGUUUUAACGGACGACUCAAAAAUAUACAUUUAUGGACGCCUAAGAACUUCUGAUAAUUGCCCAGAAGAGCUGAAUAUUGUCAAAAUUAGUCAAUGUGCAAUGAUAGCAAAACUCUUGCCACGCUUGAGUUCCGAAUUGCGUAUUCAGAACAUUUCGAGUGGUCAAAAUCAUUUGAUGAUGCACCUAGCACCCGCAGAAGAUCAGGCAGAGAAUAAUGCCCCAUCGAGGAGAAUUCUUGUAAUGGGUGAUAAUAAAUUUGGCCAAUGUAAUGCCUUUCAGUUCGAUGAGGAAAUUGUACAAAUUGCCACGGGUUGGACGCAUAAUGCGGUAAUGCUGAAAGAUUUACGUAUUUUGAUGUGGGGCCGUAAUUGCUAUGGCCAGUUAGGUCUGGGUGCAUAUACUGAAAACCAUCCAACACCCAUGGAACUGAAGUUGUCUAGUGCCUUAUUACCCAAAGAGAUACACAUGGGCUCGGAGCAUGGCCUAUUAAUGACCAAAGAUGGUGAUAUUCUAACAUGGGGUUGGAAUGAGCAUGGAAAUUGUGGGAAUGAUUCAACGAGUAAUCAAUCAAAGCCCAGUAUGGUUGACCUGCCUACUUCAUGCAAAAUGGCUGGAGUGGGUGCUGGCUUUUGUUUCGUCAUUUGUGAUAGUACUAAUUAAAAGCAGAAGAUGACCAUUUGUAUAUUUUCGUAACCAAGCUUUAUAAUUCUAUAGAAAUAUUUGCGUAUUUCUUACCCUCGUGUUUGUCUAUUUGUAAGAUAUUACAACAAUAUCUUUCUUAACUCCUAACAACUUAUGCUGUAAUUAAAAUUGUUAAUGUAUUCAUAAGCACAAUAAAACGCAACUAUAUAUUUAU